AUGUCAGCAACGGAAAAGUCACCCGAACGUGCCGGGGAUGAGUCUUAUCAGCAACAAUCCCCAACGCUAGACACAGAAGUCGCAGAGCGUGACGAUGGCUCAUCAACUAUCGACAUUGAGUCAAGUUUGGCAGCAUGGAUAUGUGUACUAGGAAGCUUUCUCUUCUUGAUGCCUACAUUCGGGAUGAUGCAAUCUGUUGGGACGUACCAAUCCUACCUAGAACUCAAUCAACUCAGCGACUACACCGCCGGAGAAAUCGGUUGGAUCUCUGGAAUGUACGUCUUCCUCUCCAUGCUCGCCGCCAUCCAGGUCGGUCCCGUUCUCGAUCAACAUGGACCAUUCGCAGUCGGCAUCAUCGGCGGAGGCGGUGUCGUCAUCAUGUUCAUCCUUCUCGCUGAGUGUAAAGAGUAUUGGCAUUUUAUGCUUUGCUUUGGGAUACUUGGUGGCCUUGCGACGGCUAUUGCAGGUACUAUCGGCGUCACUGUCGCUGCGAAGCUCUUUACGAGGAGGCGAGGGCUUGCUAUUGGGAUAGCCCUCACUGGCUCGUCUAUUGGAACUGUCAUCUUUCCCAUCAUGCUUCGGUCAUUACUACCAAAACUUGGAUGGGCCUGGUCUAUGCGAGUCGUGGCUUUUGUUUCACUUGCCAUCUUCAUAUUUGGUACCUUGUGUCUUAUUCCCUACACACGACUCACCAAACUCGUCGCAUUGCCGACUCCAAAGAAAGGAGGCAUAGCGCUUCCCAACUUAUCUGCUUUCUCAUCUGUGCCAUUCUCAUUAGUAUCCGUUAUGGCGUUCGCCAUUCAAUUCGUCCUUUAUGGCAUUGGAGGUCUAUUACCAACAUUUGCUAUUGAGGCCGGGCUAAAGCCCGAGGCAGGCUACACGCUACUCUCUAUCGUCGGUGCAGCUUCGGCUUUCGGUCGCAUCAUUCCUGGGCUAGUAGGCGACAAGCUGGGCCACUGCAACGUUUUCAUAUUUAUGAUGAUCAUGACACUCAUCUUCAUGGGGUCUUUGUUUGUACCUUUUGGUAACAGGAGCGUUGUUCUCUAUGUCUUCAGUGGUCUAUGGGGAUUUUGUUCUGGGGGAUUCUUGUCUAUCACUCCAGUAUGUGUCGGAAAGACGUGUGAUCCAAAAGACUAUGGCCGAUACUAUGGCACUCUCAACUUUUUCAUCAGUUUCUCUCUGCUAAUCGCCAUUCCAACAAGUGGCACGAUGGUAGAGAAAAUGGGCACUCAAGCUUUGAGUGGAUUGUUGACGGGCAUCAUCGCACUCGGGCUGUGUUGUCUGGUUGCAGCUCGGGCUUUCUUGAUCGGGGAAUGGUUUGCAAUCAAGACCAAGAUCUGA